AUGCACGUAUCUCUAGUCCCAGGAGAACUAAAAAACCUGUGGGAUAAAGGGGGCUUAGAAACACUUGUGCUUUUCAGCUUCAUUUUGCAGCUUAUUCUCACAGUCUAUGGCAACCGAAGAAAGGAUAUUCCAGGUAUCUGGAUUAGAUUAACUGUUUGGUCCUCCUAUUUACUUUCUGCUUCCCUUGCAAGAAUCAUCCUAGGCAAGCUCACUGUAAUACCUGAAAGUGACCCAGAUGAAAGGAAUAUCAGAAGGGAACUCAAGGCGUUAUACGCUCCAUUACUUCUGGUGCAAAUAGGAAACCCGGAUGCCAUAACUGCAUACUCCAUUGAAGAUAAUAGAUUGGGAGUGAGACAACUUAUUGGCCUUGUUUUUCAAGUUGCUAUAGUGACAUGGAUUAUUAUCAAGAGCUGGACACAUUCUUGGCUCUCGUAUCUUUACUUGCCAUUGUUUGUGUCUGGUCUAAUCAAGUAUGGGGAAGUCGUGUGGGCUUUGAAGUCAGCUAUCAGUAAGAGAUCUGGUAUAAUUACCGUUGAAGAAAUUGACAGAGAAACAAGUAUGCCUGCAUUGUUUCGAAUGCUUCCUCACAAUAUCCCCUACAUAGAACUGAUCUUAAUGGCUUAUUACCGCUUUUUCUCAUUGAAGCCUCACCGUGAGAACUGGCUCUACCUGCCUCUAUAUGAGUCUCUUCCUCAUAUGUCCAUUGAGGCUUAUGAACCGGAGGAGAUUUUCCAAAUCACAGAUGCUGAACUGAGUUUCAUGUAUGAUGUGCUGUACACUAAAGCACCUAUAAUCUACACCAGAGAAGGUUGUAUUCUUCGUGCUGUGAGUUCCUUCAACUUAGUUCUAACUUUGUGUGGAUUCUGUAUCAAAUUCGAACAUGAUUUUAACCAUCAUUGGAAAGCCUGGUUUAUAGUUGGGAUGCUAGCAGGAGCUGUGCUUCUUGAGGCUUACCAGAUUGCACAAUUACCUUUCUCAGACUGGGCAAUAAUUCAAAUGAUAAAGUACCGAAACCUUCCACUUGUAACACCAUGCUUGAGGAUUCUAGGCCACCGAGCAGCCGGUUGGAAGAGAUGGUCAAAUACAUUACCACAGUUCAACUUGCUGAGCUUCUGCCUCCAUGAAAAGCAACUCAAAUGCAGCAAGAUUCUCAAGUUUCGUAGCUUUGACAAGGCGUUUAAAAAACACAGACACAGGACUCGUUUAAAGGUGCCCCAAGAAUUGAAAGUUUUGAUGGUUCAAGAAAUGAAACUCAUAGAUGCAGAAAGAGGACAAAAGCCGUUCAACCAGAGAGGAGAAUGGUCACUUGGGAGGCAUGGCUGCCUCGGUGACUUCAAAUGGAGUGUCAAAAGAGACUUUGACAAGAGCAUCGCUAUAUGGCACAUUGCAACAGAUAUCUGCUAUUGCUCAGAUGAUCAAUGCAAGUCAGCCACAGAUUCCAAAAGCCAAAUGGGAAAAUUGUUGUCAAAUUACAUGAUGUACCUUCUAGCAAUGCGUCCUCAAAUGCUAUCCAUGGCAACAGCAACCAUAAUAUUUCGGCAUGCCUAUGACAAACUCAAGGACUUCAUGCAGAAAGAGCAGCUUAUAAAAGAUGAAGGUGAAGUGUGCAGGAUUCUGAGGAUGGAAAGUCUUUAUUCAGUCUCUGAAAGAAGCUCAGAAACAGUGGUUACUUUGAAAUGGAAUAUGUUAAGGGAUGCUCAGAGACUGGCUAGGAAUCUGAUGAAGAGGGAAAAUAGAUGGCAUAUUAUAUGCAGCGUGUGGGUGGAGAUGUUGUGUUAUGCUGCUGCUAAUUGCUCUGCAGAUGAACAUUCUGAGCAAAUAAGGAGAGGUGGGGGUCUGAUUACUCAUGUCUGGAUUCUUUUGUUACACAAGACUGAUAAAUAUCACAUCAGUGACUAA